AUGCCAUCGCCCUUCCUAACCCCCGGAUCAACCGCUCAAGCAGAAGGCCUCGCCCUGCUCCACCUCCGCCGCGACCAAAGUAUCCCGGCGAUCCUCCGCACCUACGACGACGAGAACCAGGGCUACGACGAGGGCAAGGUAGUGACCACGCGAUUCGGCUCAUUUCCGCACAGCACGCUCAUCAACAAGCCAUGGGGAUCGCAGAUCAUCGCCUCCGUCGUCGACACGGGCUCGCGCGGCCGAAAGUCCGGCGCGGCGAAGAAGCGCAAAGCCGAUGACCUCGAUGCAUCGGGGACGACCACCGGCGCGGAUGAUGAGAAGUCUUCGCUGAAAAAACCCGUCACUGCUGCGAGUGGGUUCAUUCAUCUUGUGGCCCCGACUCCCGAAGCCUGGACUUUGUCCCUUCCACACCGGACACAGGUCGUCUACACCCCGGACUACAGCUACAUCCUGCACCGCCUCCGCGCCAGGCCCGGAAACACGGUGAUCGAAGCUGGCGCGGGGAGUGGAUCGUUCACGCAUGCGUCGGUCCGCGCCGUGUUCAACGGAUAUCCGGACUCCGCGACGCCAGCAGCGAAACGACGACGGCUGGGCAAGGUGUGCAGCUACGAGUUCCAUGAACCGCGCGCGGGGCGGGUGAGAGAGGAAAUCAGCCAGCACGGACUAGACGGGAUUGUGGAGGUGACGCAUCGCGACGUCUACGAAGAUGGCUUCCUACUGGACGACCCCAAGACCGGCAGGUCGCCCAAUGCCAACGCCAUCUUCCUCGACUUGCCUGCGCCGUGGCUCGCGCUGAAACAUCUCGUGCGCAACCCGCCCUCUGGCGCGGUGUCUCCGCUAGACCCGUCCUCUCCUGCGUACCUGUGCACGUUCUCGCCGUGUCUCGAGCAGGCGGAGCGCACGAUUAGCACUAUGCGGCAGCUGGGCUGGUUGUCUAUUACCAUGGUCGAGGUGAAUCAUCAUAUGAUUGACGUGAAGCGGGAGCGCAUUGGAUUAGAUGCGCAGGGUGUGCGCGGGGCGCUUGUGGUCCCUAGGUCUGUGGAUGAGGCCGUGGCCAAACUACGCAGCGAUGAGGACCGCACUCGACGGUUUCGCGAGGCCGAGGCAGAUGGUGGAACCGGGGUGGAUGAAAGAAAGACCCCGGCCAUGGACCAACCCGCCCAAGCACCGUCAGAUGUUCCUUCAUACAGCCUAGGCCGAUUAGUGCAUCGGACAGAGGAUAACCUCAAAACCCACACAUCAUACCUGGUCUUCGCCAUAUUGCCGCGGGAGUGGUCGGAGGAGGACGAGCAGAAAUGCCGAGAGAAGUGGCCAUCAGCACAGACGGGUGCGGACGCAACUGCCGCACCCAAAAGCAAAAGACAGAUGAAACAGGAGGCUAGGGCAAAGCGGCAGCAAGAGGAGCAGGAGGCACAGGAACAGUCCCAGCAAGGGACAGAUGCGAAGGAUGAGUGA